CUCCAAAACCUCGUCUUUUGUCUCGUUGUUUCUCCCUUUUAUCACCACAACGACACUGUUCCUGCUUCGUACCCAAUAGUGAUGGUAGCAUCUUCAACCUCGCCAUGAAGAACACCUUGCUCACCACCCUCCUAGUCUUCAAGAACACCAUUAGAGAAGAGUUGAUCAGGAGUGUGCAUGUAUACCAAAUAAAGGAUGGGAAAGUAAGGGAAGUUGAAAGAGAGUUUGUGUUCUCAGAGAGUGGCUCCUAUGGCGAAAUGAGGUCCACACCAAUCCUCAGAUUGCAGAAGAAGCUUUGUGUUGCUGAAGUUUCUGAAGGGUACCAAAAUGGAGUGUGGCUUUGUAUCUUUUCCUUUCAUAGAAAUCACAAGCCUCAAUUUUCCAGCAUUCCAAACUUGCUUUUGCUCUCAAGAAACCUGAAGCUUCGGACAAUCCCAACCUUGCUGAGAGACCUCCGUGUGAUAUACAAAUUGGAAAAAGACAAAGAUGUUCUAUCAGACUCCACAGGGGGAGAACGCCAAGGAAACAACAAAGAUUCCCAACCAUUGAGAAAAGUGGUUCCCGUGUUAACUCAGGACCUGAAUUUUCUUCCUUAUGAAGAUGACAUGUCCGAAUCACCAGACAACAAGCUAGAUGUCCAAGCCUUGCCAGAUGCAGAUUCUGCAGAAAAGAAAAAACGUGCAUCUAGUGACCGGGUAGCAAAAAUAACGUUAUCAGAGUUAGUCAAGUAUUUUGAUAUACCGAUUGUAGAAGCGUCAAGAAGGCUAAAUGUUGGACUAACAGUUCUGAAGAGGAAAUGCAGAGAAUUUGGUAUUCCUCGCUGGCCUCAUAGGAAGAUCAAAUCACUUGACAGUCUCAUUCAUGAAAUUCAGGAAGAAGCGAACAACCAAGAAUCGGAUGACAAGGCUGCAGCAUUGGCGGCAAUAGAGAAACGAAGGAUGUUGGAGAGUGAAAAGGAAAACAUAGAAAGGAAACCAUUCAUGGACAUACAAAGUGAGACCAAGAAGUUGAGGCAGGACAUCUUCAAGAGAAGGCAUCGGGCGCGAGCUCAGGUCAAACAUAAUUCGACUGUCUCCAGCAGCAGCAGUAGCAACAAAACUACCAUUGAAACUUGAAGGUUUCAUAUUGAAAAUUAUGCAUCUCAAGGUUCUAAAUUAUAAUUUUAGUCCACAUUGGAAGUACUACUCUUUGAGGACUUCAUACCCUUUUCUCUCCUAUAAAUGCUUUUUAUUUAGCCUUAAGAAUUUUCUCUGUAUUCACCUUUCUUAAUUAGAAAUUCAGGUGAAUUUUUUUUUAUUUGAACCAGCAACUAGGCUGUGUUGGAAUUUUCCUUUAAAACAUUUUUCUAUAGAACUAUGCCUUUAGACUAUUUACCUUUGUUUUUUAUGUUAGGUGCCAUUGCAAAAUGCAAAAUUAUUAUAAAUUUGACUUUUUUUUUUUUUGAGU